GAAGCUUAUAGGGAGGUUGGAAUCGGCGGUGGUGCAUCUCGAGGCGCUGUCCGCCGGGUUCCGGACCGGAGUUUCCCUAGAGAGCGGCAGAGAUGCGACGGCGCUGGAUCCGUCAAUCACCGCAUUCGACGAUCUGAUGGCGGAAUUCGUUGGGAGAUUUCGGCUUCUGCGGAGAAGAUUAAGAACAGUCCACCAAAGGAGAAGAUGAACCUCCUUCCCCCCUGCACUAAGGAUCCCGCUAAGCCACCCGCCAAGGCACAGGUGGUGGGUUGGCCGCCAGUUAGGUCAUUCCGGAAGAACAUAAUGUCUCAGAAGAGCACCACCGAGGAGGUAGAGAAGACUAGCAGGAGCAGUGGUGGCGGUGUAGCCUUUGUGAAGGUUUCCAUGGAUGGCGCACCUUACCUUCGUAAGGUGGAUCUGAAGAUGUACAAGAGCUACCAAGAACUUUCUGAUGCCUUGGGUAACUAUGGGGCCCAAGGAAUGAUAGAUUUCAUGAAUGAGAGCAAGUUGAUGAAUCUGUUGCACAGCUCCGAGUAUGUGCCCACCUAUGAAGAUAAGGAUGGAGACUGGAUGCUCGUGGGGAAUGAUGUAGAUCGAGGAUACUACUUCCGAGUAUCAAUCUGUGAGACCAAGCACUGUAUCACCGGAUAUGAAGGAAGAUUCGCCGGAAUAUUCGUCUAGGGUUCGAACAUAGUCGCCGGGAAAUUGAAGGAGGAGCUGGAGGGGCUGUUGAGCUGCUUGCUGAAUGAGUUCCAUUUGUUUUUGAGUACUGACUUGAGCUUGGUUAGUUUGCCUCCUUUUGCCAUCUUAUUGUAUAUGAUUAACCAGUGUGGUUCAAGACUUGGUUGAGAUCCGGCGGGCGGUC